AUGGCUCGUCAUCUCCGAACGGAUAGCGGCUCUCUGCCCCGGCGAAUAGACAGCCUCAUCGCCAACAAGGCCCCCAUCUUCACGGACAUCGAAGAUGAGCUGCGCGACAUCAAGCGCGUUCACUCGCAGGGUCAGGAGGAGGAUCUCAAGAUGGCGUUGAGCCGGAUGAUUAGCAGGGUGGAGGACCUCACAUUCAUGCUCAAGGAAGCGUACAAGGCGCAGACCGACCUCCAGACGGAGCUCACGCUGGCCAAGUCCAACCUCCAGCUUGCCCUCGCGAACAAUGAGAUGCUCGAGGAUGCUCUCAAGCGGGAAGGUCACGUCAAGGACGUCGGCUGGCGACGGGCAAGCGCGCGCGAGAGGGAGCUGCAAGCAGAGGAAGAUCGGCGGCGGAGCAUGGACAGCAUCGCAUCCAGCGAUACCGCACUGUCCCCUGUGGUCUCCCCGCCAUCCCCUGCCAUCCCACCAUCUUCCAGACCGUCGUCCCCCAAGCAGCCCAACGUCUCAACCGCUACGUCGCCAUUGCCGUCAUCUGAGGGCCGAUUCUUCAGGUUCCGCUUCGGUGCUGGCAGCGCGUCGACCAACUCCUUCCCGUCUUCACCGCGGCUUGCCGGGCCCAGCGGCCAUUCGCCUCUGACGAACGGUACGGCGCACGCAUCACAUCUGACGUCUGCUUCAUUGCCAUCCCUGGUGGCUGUGCCAGAUCGGCAACAGGAGAUCGACGAGCUGACUGCUGAGCUCAAGCGCGAGCGCGAUGCGCGUCAGGCGGCUGUCGCACAGAAGGAGGCUGUGGAGUCAGAGCUGGAGUCGCUCUCGCAAGCCCUCUUCGAAGAGGCAAACAGGAUGGUGUCGACGGAACGUCGGAAGCUGGCAGAGACGGUGGACGAGCUGAAGGAACUGCAGGCAGAGCGUGAGGCGCUGCGUAACGCGCUGCGCCUGGUCGAGUCUCAAAACCGCGCCUCGCAGUACUCAACGCCGGCGGGCUCGCCGAAACCUAGCCACGCGCACAAGCUGUCCGCGUCCUCCGCGCGUGCGAUCAAAUCCUUGCCACCAACGAGGCCAAGCUCGCCAGAAGGGGAGGAGGACCCGACCUCUGCUAGUACGAUCAUCACGUCGUACCAGCACAGACCGCCGCCUAUUACCAUCGUCGACCCGGCCUCGCCUGCACCUCCGUCGAGUCCGUCCGCUGAGUCGAGUGACGAUGAUAGUCGGGAUACGACCCUUGUCGCACCGCCAUCGUCCCUAUCAGUCGGGCCAUCGCCGUCGUUGUCAUCGUCAUCGUCACCCUCACCCUCCCCGAAACCAUCACCGAUGUCAGACAAGUCGGAGGGCAGUGAUUAUGCGUUUCCCAUCCGGAUGCAUCCGCUCGACUACCUGCCGGGUGAGCCGUCCCCAUGGGCGGACGCCACAUCGCUAUACAGGACGACGACCGGGUCAUGAACCUCGCAUCAUCACCUAUGCUAUGUCUCCCUCCUAUCGCAUCGGGUUUUAUGGACGCAUUCUCGCCGUGCUCUGCCGUUCUCUCGCUCGCCUGCACAAUGCCUGCACAAUGCCAUCGCGUUCCUGUUCCCGUUCUCGCCACAACUGUAGCUAUAUAAACACCUCCGAGGGCCAGUCUGCGGGAGUCGGACGGUCGCGUCGUUUCGAGGCUCACAUGGAUUAUAUACAUUGACAUCUAUCAUACUGGUUGCAUAAUGCACCCAAGACUACAUAGACAGGGACAAGUCAACGGGGCGCAACGGUGUCAUAGGGUGUCAUAAGAUAUUGCCGAAGCAGAGCGAGCACGCGCGUAAAAGCAGGGUUGGGGCAGCAGAUCUCUUCGACACCAUGAAAAAUGAUACAGUGAAGGUACACGGCGAGAAUGUAAUGAAUAUAUGGUC